GAUACGGACUAGACUUCUACCAUACUUCAAGAUUGUUAUGAUGAGGUGGCCUACGUUCCAGUGGAUUUUGGCAUUCGUGGCAGUGCUAAUGAUACAAGAUAUGGUAAAAGCAGCACCCAAUCCCAGAGGCGAAGACAUGUUGAAAGAAUUACUAAAAUUGGACAAAAUGUAUUCAUCUAUCGCCAGACCAAGUUUGCGAAGUGUCUCGUCAAUGGAUGGCAGGCCUAAAGUGGUUCAGAGAGCGAUCAUGCGGAUACAAGAACUUGACAAGCUGUACGCGGACAGAGCAAGACCCAGGUUCGGAAAACGGACGCAGGGCAACGCUGAUUUCCAACAGGCUGAUUACGAUAGCCAGUAUCAGAGCGAUCCAGAGAUGAGCGACUGGAUGGCAGUUCGUAGAUGAGGAGUACCAAAUUCACCACAACUAUUGCAAUCACCUGCUACACAAAUAAGAACUCCCUCUAUUCUCCGUUUUCGUUUCUCUUAAGCCCUCUUCCGACAAUAAGUUUACCUCAUCUUUCCAGCCAUUCCUCUCCUUAACCAAUGUUCACACUAGUGACGAGCCUCACUUGGCCUUUUAACGUGUAACAGCGCAUGCGCUAUUGAAGUCUGUCAAAUUUGCAUGACAAGAGGCAUGGACAGACGCACAGAACGUCAUAUUGAAGAUGAAAGAUAGAGAGAAAGUGCACUAGUGUAAACGUAACGUCGUACGAAGCUUUAUGUCAAACUUUGGAAUCGAUCUAAAUCCAAGAACAAUGAUUAUUAGCAUUUCGUAUUUCUAUCUAAAAGGAAUUCGAAAGAUCUUAGCGCCAUCUAUGAGACUGCAGCAAGACUAAUUUCUCAAAAUUUUCAAACUGGAUUUCUAAAUGAAUUUUUAUGUUUAAGCCUUAAUAAGGUUUUCCACGUUUGACAAAAGCUCAUAUACUUUCAAAUUCUUCCAACUUCUUUGCUCUAUUCUUCUAUACUCUUCGGUGUUCUUGUCACGAAAUGCGUCUCUGUUAUUGUUGCGAUUAUUUAGUCCUUAAUAAAGCAUUAUUCUACCUUGAUA